AUGUCUUUCGCAGACAAGGUUGUUUUUAUCAGCGGUGCUAGUUCAGGAAUAGGCGCAGCAACUGCUAUUGAAUUUGCUAAAGAAGGUGCAAAUGUUAUUAUUAACGGCUUCAACAAUAUUGAAAACGAAACCAAAUUGAAUAAUGUUUACAAACAAUGUGAAAAAUACGGUAAAAAACCAUUAAUUGUUAAAGCUGAUAUCUCAAAAGAUGAGGAAGCAAAGACAGCGAUAGAAGAAACAAUUAAACAUUUCGGAAGACUGGAUGUACUUGUAAAUAAUGCUGGAGUUUCCAAAUCUGGAAGUAUCCUUGAUGGUAAUUUAAUGGCAAGCUAUGAUGCUGUAAUGGCUACUAAUUUGAGAGCUGUGAUGCAUUUAACAACAUUAGCAACACCAUAUCUUAUUAAAACAAAGGGAAAUAUAAUAAAUAUAUCGAGUGUGUCUGGUAAGAGUAGUCCAGUUUUACCGCAAAUGCUUUCUUAUGGUAUAUCUAAAGCGGCUCUCGAUCAUUUUACUCGCUGUGCUGCUUUGGAAUUGUCUGAAUAUGGUGUGCGUGUUAAUGCAAUCAGCCCUGGUCCUGUCGAGACUGAUUUUCGCCAAAAUGCUGGCCUGGGAAUAGGUAAUAGAACUGAACGUGAAAAUCUUACACCUCUGAAGAGAGUUUCUAAACCAAUUGAAAUUGCAGUUUUAAUAUUAUUUUUGGCAAGUGAUAAAGCUAAAGGGAUUACCGGAUCUGAUUUUGUAUCUGACAAUGGUUUUUUGUGUAAAUAA